GCUGUUUACUCAUGUGUGUCUGUGUCGUGUGUGUGAAGAGAGUGUUGGCAGAGUGCCACGCCCGACACAUCUCAUCAUGCUGCAGGGUCGUGAGAUCUUUUCGUCAUCAUGAUGGCUAAGCUGACCCAGCCACGUCGUCGGAAAGCGCCUCCAAGUGUGUCUCCUAGCACUGAAUCAGAUGUAGUCCCUUUAUCGCAAUCGGACGGCGACAGCAAGGCGGUUGUCAAUACAGGAUACUUGCGGUUCGACCCUGGGAAUGACGGGGAUGAUGCGAAGGAAUCAGAGUCGUCAGAAGCGUAUCAUCACAGGCCGAAGAGUGCACCGAGCAACGACGACGACGCACAAUAUCAGCCCUACGAUGGUCAAUCGAGGACUACGAGGGGCGGUAGCAGACCGAAAAGUCCAUCAAGAGAGGAGAGACGGCAAGAUGGAGGGCAGCGUACGCCAGUAGGCCAGCGCACGCCUGCAGGGCGGUCGUCACCACCAGGCUGGCGGACAUCGCCCGGUGACGACCUCGCUUUCCCAUGGCACUGGGCCUUCUUUGCACUGGCUGUCGCUCGUUCCGUUAGCGCAUGCCUAAACCUCAUCCACGAUUGCGAUGAGACCUUCAACUACUGGGAACCGCUCCACUUUCUGGACCAUGGGACCGGUCUUCAGACCUGGGAAUACAGUGCCAGGUAUGCCUUGCGGUCUUAUUUGUAUCUCGUCUUCCAUCUCCUUCUUAUAAAGCCGUUGUCGUGGUGUGCGUCGUGGUGGGGAGGGGGGAUGAAGGUUGUUUCCUUCUACUGGCUGCGUCUGGUGUUUGGUUUGGUAUCCGCGGCCACAGAGGCGAGUCUUGUGACGUCUCUGUCAUCCAUUUUGGGCAGGAAGGUUGGAAUGCACUCGCUGAUCCUUCUUGUUUUCUCAUCGGCAAUGUUUGUGUCGAGCACGGCGUUUCUUCCCAGCACUUUCACCAUGUACUUUAUGUCUGCCUCAGUGGCCGCCAUGUGGAUGAAGAGGCCGCACAUGUCGGUUACCCUUGCUGCUGUCGGUGUGCUUGUCGGUUGGCCGUUCGCUGUUCUCGCUUUCGUACCCGUUGUCCUCCAUGCCUUGCUUUCCGGCGGCUUCGUCAGUGUGGUCGGCUGUGGCCUUGGUGUGACCGCAUCUGUGAUGACGAUCUCUGCGCUUGUCGACCGUUACUUCUACGGCCGGUGGACGGUAUCGGUACUUAACCUGGUUCUGUACAACGUCGCCGGCGGUGGCGACAGCCACCUCUACGGAGUCGAGGGUCCUUUUUACUACCUGCGUAACUGUGCGAACAACUUCAACGUCGCGCUUCCGCUUGCUCUGCUUCUUCCUUUCUUUGCUCUUCUCUUCAAGCGGAGGUGGAUGAGCAGUCUCAGCCUGGUUCUCGUUGGCGUUUCCCCCGUUUAUGUGUGGAUGACAUUCAUGUCCACCGUCGCGCACAAGGAAGAGCGGUUCAUGUAUGUCAUCUAUCCUCUCGUGUGCACGGCGGCAGCCGUUUCGCUGAACGUUCUCUGCACGCACGAUGUAGAUGCUUCACGUCGUUUGACAUCGUUCCAUGCCGAAAGCCGUGCGAGCACGACGGCUUACCCAUUCUUUUCUGCGGUGAUGAGCGGUGUUCGACGUCUUACCCUGCUCCUGUUUGUGAUUCUCUCCCUCUCGCGUAUUACCGCCCUUCUCCACAACUACUCUGCACCUAUGAAAAUAUACAGCGCUCUGCCCUCUCUUGCCGCCCACCCAGGAGUCGAAGAGCCGCCGCCUCCCUGGAGUCCGGUCAAUGGCUGGCCGGGAAUUAGCGCCCGAAGGAAGGACUUGGGGGGGGUAGAUUCCGUUGUGCUGUGUGUCGGGAGCGAAUGGUACCGCUACCCUUCGUCGUACUUUCUGCCGUCUGUCAACUACAGCAUCGGAUUUCUGGAUGACGGGUUCCGCGGACUGUUGCCGUUCCCGUUUGGCAUCGGAGGAGGGGGAACAGCGUCAGCGCCGGAGCAUUUCAACAACCGAAAUAAGGCGGCGGUCGGACAGUUUGUGAGCGGAGAGGCGGAGUGUGACUACGUCGUCGAGCUAGUCGUCAAUGGCAGCAGGAGUCGGGUGGGACGAUCCUCCAAUAAAUCCACGUGGCAGGUCAUCGCAGAAAUCCCGUUCGUUGAUGCCCAACGGUCGCACCCGCUGUUCCGUGCCUUUUUCAUUCCUGGAAUUUCAGAAAGACGAAACGUGUAUGGCACGUACAGGCUCGCUCAGAAAAGGCGGAAGAGGCAAAAUCAUUGGAAGACCAAGAAACCUUUGACUUGAUAAAGUAGGAUGCAGAGCUGUUUCUUUGUGUUUUCCAGUGUGUUCCUUUGAGAAAUGCGGCAAAUGCCGGGUUGCAAUUUUAC